GACCGUUUAUGCCAACAACAAUCCGUUGAUCUCUGCUCGGACCUUGGAGGGUUACAUUUAACCAACACUUAUUUUCAAAUGGGCCUCGUCGCCUAGCGUUUACUCCCCCAGCCUUGCCGACUGAGUUGAAUUGGGUGCUACUGAACAUCAAGAACGUUUGGGUUCCUAAAAAGGUUUCCAUCCAGCACAGCGUACAGCGACCAACUACAGUAGAAUGGCAUCUAUUCCAGCAGGCGGUUCUCUCGUGGCCACCACUGAUUACUAUCGAAGGCGAAUCGGCUCUACAUCCAGUAGCAGCUCUUGUGGCAGUUCGGAGUACAGUGGAGAGGUCAUCCCUCACCAUCCAGGACUCCCUAAGCAGGACUCUGGCCAUUGGUGGUCCAGUUUCUUCUUUGGGAAACCGCCAGGGAUGACUCCACUGACUGAGGAGGCACAGCAGAAGGCGAGGGUCCAAGGUGCAGUGACCAAUGGUCAGAUCACCUGCGUUGCCAGGGAGAUGGUGAUGCAACGGCAGGUGAGUGAGCGCAGCGACGCAGGAACCUCCUCCUGAUCCUGCAGCUCACUCUGAUCCACGAUGGGGGGGGGGGGGGAAAUCGGACCAAUGACCAACGCUAGGUGACGGAAGGAUGUUCCACAACAUUAUUAGUUAUUUUCUGUUAUUAUAAUUCAUUGUAGACAUAGGCUGCUUCUGUUUCUGUAACCGUGUGAUUUUUGUAUUGAUAACCAAGGAAAAAGCUGAAUUGAAAAGAAUAAAAAAACUAAAAAAACAAGACGAUGAUAACUGAUAAGCUCCUUUUGUGUUUUUUUUACAUUUGUACUGUGUUUGUAAUACUGUGUUGCAUAUACACACUGUGUGGUGCAUACACAUCACUUGCCUUUGUUAAACAUUUUACACUUUUGUCACCCUGUGAUUGCAAAUGCAAUAAAGUAUACUCUUGCAGCCUAA